GGUAGUGAACUUACUAUUUUAUAUUUGUGGUGUAGCAGUUAAAAAGCGUUUAUUAAAUUUAAAAAUAUACCUUUCAGCAGGAACACGGGCAUGUUAAUAUUAUCAGUGAAAUAUAAAUAACAAAGUGCAAUUAGUGAAAACUACUUAAUAGUGACAAUCUAAUUAGAAAAUUUCCCGUUGUGGAAGUUAUUAAUAUUUUCCAAUUGGUUAUAACUUGGUACUGGACUGAGCCAUUCGCCGUCGAUCGUGUCGCGUUUUGUUACUUUAGUGGUUAGUGCACAGAGCAGAAAACGAAUUGGCAAAGCUGAAAAAGUGUGUAAACGAAAAGAGCAGAUCUAAAAAGUCGAAUUCUUGUAAAGGUUCACCCAAGCAACACAGUCACAGUGCACAAACAACAUCGGCUGACACCAACUGAAUUUUUCUGAUUGAAUUCCUAUAUUCGGUCUGUUGGGUGUUUUCAGUCACUUUUCAGUUCUAUAGUUUAUUGAAAACAACCAAUAGAUAUUAUAAAUUCCACUACAUAUAAAUUUGGAACCAAAUUUUCUGCAAAAUACACAUUUGAUCGGUGAACCAAUGCAAAGUCUUAAAAAUUGAAACGAGUUUAGUGUGUGUGAUAUAAUUGAGUAAAUACAAAUAAGAUUUUUGAUUUCCCAACGCAGUUCCAAGUUACACGAAUUGCAGGGCUUACUGAGCCACAUCCCGGCGAAACGUGAAUUAAAAAAAAAAAUAGCAUCUGUAGGUGACACUAGUGCGCACGCGCGAUCCACUGCAUCAACAGGCGAAUAAACAACGAAGCAAAGGAAUACUAGUAGCCGCAACCAAACGCUAGAAGAACAGUCGCAAAAUGAAUAAAACUUGUGCUCGCUGUCAGAAAGUGGUGUAUCCCAUCGAAGAGUUGAAAUGUUUGGAUAAAACAUGGCACAAGACAUGCUUCAAGUGCACAGAAUGUGGCAUGGCAUUGAAUAUGAAAACAUACAAAGGCUUCAACAAACUGCCAUACUGUGAAGCGCACAUUCCAAAGGCCAAAGCAACCGUCAUUGCGGACACACCCGAACUGAAGCGAAUAGCAGAGAACACAAAAAUCCAAUCGAAUGUGAAGUAUCACGAAGACUUUGAAAAAUCUAAAGGCAAAUUUACACAGGUCGCCGACGAUCCGGAAACAUUACGAAUCAAGCAGAAUACAAAAAUUAUUUCGAACAUUGCGUAUCAUGGCGACUUGGAGAAGAAGGCAGCCAUGGAGAAGCAGCGCGAAGCAGCUGAGAUCGCCGACGUCCGAGAGGAAACGGAGUAUUUCUCUGAAACAUUGGCUGCCGAACAGUUCUCACAAUAUGCUCCCACACCACCAACAGCAGCAGCUGCAGCGGCCGCCGCCACACUGCCACCGCCACCGAUACAGCACCAGCCCCUCAACACGGCCGCCAUAGUGUCCAGCACUCAGGCAGCUGCCGGCAGCGCCAGUACACACAUUUACAAUAGCCAACAACACCAGCAGCAGCAGGCGCUGCAGCAGCAGCACACUCAAAGUCACAAUCACAGACAGCAAACACUGCAAUCACAACAGCUACAGCAGCAACAACAACAGCAAGCACAGCUGCACAAGCAGAACACACAUGCACACUAUCAGGCGCCGCCGCCAGCACAGCAACAACAUCAAAAUUAUCAGGCACAACAGCAGGCAUCACAACAACACUACCAACACCAUCCACACCACCACCUACAACAACAUGCACAACAUGGCCAACAACACGAACAAUACCAACAUUACCAGCAGCCACAGGCGCUACGCCAACAAUAUCACCAGCAACAACAGCAAUUGUUGCAACAGCAACAGCAACAACACCACCACCAACAACAGCAGCAACAACAAAUGCUGCAACAGCAACAGCAACAACCCAUUAAACAAACAUCACAUUUGUAUCCAACAGCGGCAGCAAAUCAACCAAUCCAGCCGCACCAACAACAACAACAGCAGCAAUCGUCAAACACGUACAAUCAAUUGCGUUCGGCAAUUCUGCACAACUCCCAUCAUCCAACUGGUGGCGCACAAGCCGCGCACCUCAACGAGAAUGUGGCCAGCGCCGGCGGCGGCGGGGGCGGCUAUGGCAGCGGGACCAACAGCGCCGCCUAUGACCAGUAUGACAACUACACGAGCGCCGCCACGGCCAACAGCAGCAACAAUAGCAACAAUAACCAUUUGAGUUAUCAACAACAACAACAACAGCAGCAGCCACAGAAGACCGCCUCGUAUCACAGCAACAGCAACGCGGUCAGCGCCGCCAACGCCAACAACGGUGCCAUUGUCGGCACUGGCCAUGGCAGUGGUCCGCAAGCGACCCAGCAAAUCUACGCCAGUAACAACUACAACAGUCACUUCUCGUCAAGCACAUCGUUGGGCGGUGCACCAGGCGGGCUGACGCAUCACAACAGCAACGGCGCCGUCAGCACCGGCGCGGCCAUAGGCGGCAGCAACAGCAAUCACAGUCACCCAAGUGUCGGCAGCGGCGGCCUGGUGAAUAAUGGCAGUGCAACAGCCGGCGCGGUGAACAGCAUCGGAAAGAUUGCCGACUACGACCCGUUGACCGAUGGGCCACGCCCGAUGCCCAACACCGGCCGACCCAGUACAACGCUCAUAUACAGCUCGGACAGUCGUGGUUCGGUGAACAAUGCCUAUCCGAAGCGCAUCGGCUCCAUAGCUGACAUAGACCCUGCUAACGGCAUUUAUAGCUCCUUGGCCAGUGAGACGGCAUCGCAUCACCAAUUGCAUCAGCAACAGUCGCAACAACAACAACAACAUCAGCAGCAGCAACAACAACAGCAACUGUUGCAUCAACAGCAGCAACAACGGGCGCUUCAGCAGCAGCAACAACAACAACAGCAACAGUAUUAUCAACAAAUGAUGCAACAGCAACAAUCGAAGUCAAAUCUGCGUGUGUAUCGCGCACUGUACGAUUAUGAGGCCCAGGACACCGAUGAAGUGAGCUUCCGCGAAGGCGACGUUAUCUUUGAGGUGGAGUCAGCCGAUUCCGGUUGGAUGACCGGACGCGUCGAACGUACUGGCAAGACCGGAAUGCUGCCCGCCAACUAUGUGGAACAAGCCGUUAUAUAAUAGGGAAUGUUAUAUUAUUGUUGUUGUCAUCAUCAAUUUGUUGUAAUACUAAUUUGUAUCCUUUAUUUGGUAGUCGUCUUAAUAUUCUUCAUUAACAUAUUUAUAGCUGAUAGCAAUAAUGAUUAUGAUGCCGAUCAUUUGAAGAAUUUCGAUGAUGAUAACUACCACAGCCACAAUCACCACCACCACCACAACCAUCAUAAUCAUUAUCAUGAGCCACACAGCCCUAGGGACAUGAAAUCCACUAAUCCACAAAAGCCAAGCAAUCAGCCACAAGUCGAGACUGAUUUUUAUUAUUAUUUCAAUCAUGUCUUUUGAUUUCCAUACGAUAUCCAUAUCGCCAAACGAAUUUCACUUGCACCCACUACAUGCAUAUAUACAUGUGUGUGUGUGUAUGUAUUGUGUUGCAAAAUUUGGAUUGCUCCACUUUCGAACAGCGAAAGUGCAUUGUGUUGGUCCCUAGGCUGCAUGCGGCCGAACUUAUUCAAUAAUUAAUUAAAUGCUCCUAACGGGAGUUAAAGCAGACGUUUGUUGUGAGAGUAGUAAGAUAAAUGCAAAUGCAAAGCGUCGCCACAACGCCGCAAUUAUUGUUGUUAAAAACAAACAAAAUGAUAAAGAAAAGCAAAAAACAUAAACUAAAUUAAACACUUUUAUUAAAAAAGAAAAAAA